UCGAGGCGUCACAUUGCCUGCUCUCGACCACGUCCUUCGUCGAGUACAUCUUCCUGGCCAACGCAAAUAACGUGCUUCGAGCGUGCAAUCGGUCCGGAACCCCUUCGACAGUUCGAUAAAUCUAAUCCGAACGCGUAUCGUUUCGAAUUCGCGCGACCGAGCCUUUCUCCAUUGGACGGCUCGACUCGACGGCUGUCUCGAAGACGUCGGUGAUUUCGAAACCCGCCUCGGCGAAGAUCCACGGAGAACUCGUAUCGGAAGAUCGGCGAAAAACCGAGGAGGAAGGAUUCUCUCGAAAAGGAAGGAGACGAGCGACAGGGUGCCAGGAACUUUCCGUGGAAACAUACGCGGCUCUCUGAACUGCGUCCGCUUCGACAGAUUCGUAGAUAGAUGGGCAACGGAAUGAUACCACUUAUCUUAGUGGCGAUGAUACCGGUGAUCGCUGGCAGCAUCGGGCAACUCAGUAAGAGGAGCGCCCCGAUGAAUCUCGAUUACCCCGACUAUUCUAACAAGUACGACGAGUAUCCGGUGGUGGUGCCGAAAAGAGCGGCUCUUCUUUUCGAUCAGUUGAUGGUCGCGUUGCAAAAGGUGGUCGACAAUCAAGCAAGAGGGGAAUUCGGUGGAGCCGACAGGACGUACGAGAGAUCGUCGACCGGGCAACUCCCGGCUGUAAAUUCGCAGAUCGGCCCGUCGGCAGACGAGCAGACGUUGAAGAUGGACCUACAACGACGCGGCCAAGCGAAAGGACGAGUUUAUUGGCGUUGUUACUUCAACGCCGUGACGUGCUUCAAGAGAAAGUGAUAACGCGAGCAGGCGUGACCAGUACCCACCAUAACUUCGAAAACCCGACUCGACCACGAAAUUCCUCGCAUGCUUUACCCGGCCAGGAGAAAAAUGAAAAUAAAUCGGGACAAAUAUUAGAUCCUAACAGAAGAUCGCGGACAAUUCUCUUUUCUCACGAGUCGGAUUUUACCACGAAUUUCCCCUCUUCGCGAAAUCUUUUCUUCUCUGUCCUCUCGCUGAACGAUGAUUCUUAAGUAAGCAACGAUUAUGUUAGAACACUGUGUCAACUACUUGUCUCUCUGGCUUAUAAAGCGAUCGGCAUAAUAUUGAUAUAUCGAUUAAACGCAUCUACUCAAAACGCAUCAAACCAGACGAAACAUGUUCGCUCGACUGACUCGAGACUCGAAA